AGUUGUGACCUGCCGUGUGAGUGCUGGGAAUCACACCCAGGUCCUCUGGAACAACGGUGUUCUUCACUGCUGAGCCCUCUCCAGCCCCUUUAAAUGUAGAUUGAACUAUGUGGGAUUUAGUGAAAACAGACAUGCUCCAGGAAAAAUUAAGGUAGACCUAAGUAUGGUUAUGGGCUCCUCGGGGGAGAGUUAUUCCAAGAAGAAGCAAUUCUUUACACUCAAUAGUGAGUGAGAAAAGACUGCCUAUGAAUAAAUAUCCUAGGGACUCAGGAGGCAAGAUAAAUCGGCAGUGCCAAAAUACACACUAAAAUCCAUUGCAAUACGUAUUACAUAUUGGAUACCAUUGUCCAUACAGUAAAUACUUUUAAAAGGUGAGGCUUUGGGGCUGGGGAGGACAAAGGGCUGCAAGUCAACAUUGAACCAGAUUCUGGGAACACCUCGGCGACCUGCAUCGCUGAAGCGCCCCCUGGCGGCACGCUGGGUUUCCAGGCAUCUUUGCUCGCAGCUGGGGAGCAGAGCACAGCGCGAGGCCACAGCUCAGUGAAGAUGGCUUUGACCCAGACCGACCGUGCACUGGUUCUCGCGCUGUGGAAGAAGAUGAGCACCAACGUCGGAGUCUACACGACUGAGGCCUUGGAGAGGACCUUCGUGGCUUUCCCCUCCACCAAAGCCUACUUCCCACACUUGGACCUGAGCCCCGGCUCUAGCCAGGUUAAAGUCCAUGGCCAAAAGGUGGCAGAAGCACUGACUCUUGCUGCCCACCACCUGGACGACCUGCCUGGUUCUCUGUCUGCUCUCAGCGAUCUCCAUGCUCACAAGCUCGGCGUGGACCCUGCUAACUUCCAGUUCUUUAGCCACUGCCUGCUGGUGACUCUUGCCCGGCAUUAUCCUGGAGACUUCAGCCCAAAGAUGCACGCCUCCCUGGACAGGUUUCUGGGUCUUGUGACUUCGGCACUGGUCUCCAAGUAUCGCUGAGGAUGUAUCCUAGUAUCGCAAAGCAAAGCUCCAAGAGGCUGGUAUUACAGCUACGCUGAAGUCUCAGAGCUCCUAUGAAUGUGGGCAGGUCCUUGUAUUUUGUUUUGUUUUCAGAUAGGUUUCAUAGUAUAAUAUAACCCAACC